UCUCUAUCAUAUAAAUCGGCCGACGCUACCAGUCAUACGUGUUGAACAAUCUGCUGCAGGGCUUCUUUACGGAUAUCUCGUUGCUUGGAACAAUCGGCAUACCAUCUCUGUUAUUAUGGCUCUUCUAUCCAUAGCUCAGGCGCUUAUAACAGCCUCAGCCUUAUUGGGACAUGCCUCAGCAUCAAAGUCCUGCACAGCAGACACAUUCAUGUCCCUCGGACUAAGUAAUAUCCACAUACUUUCACUUAAUGUCACCUCUGCACCCAACUACUCGACUGGCGACUCAUCAGCCAGCGGGGUCACAUCAGCACCAAUAAGCAGAAUCCCGCCAAUGGUGGAUAUAUGCUUUAUAACAUUGCAGUACACACACCCCGGCCAGAACGACGUUGUCAACACUUAUAUCGGGCUUCCUCUUAAUGCCAGUGACUGGAACACCCGCUUUCUGAUGGACGGUGGAGGUGGUUGGACGGCCGGCGGACUAGACGAGAUCAUAGCUCCCAUUGCGUCCGGGUACUCUUCCUCCUCCACUGAUGGAGGACAUAACAGCACCACCUCAACAGCAGACUGGGGAUUUAUGAGUGAAGGCAACACCAACUGGCCUGCUCUGUGGGACUUUUCUAGCGUAGCCUUAGGGGAGGCAGCUACGCUCGGGAAAAUGGCCACGGAAAUCUACUUCGGAUCAGCCCCCAAGUACUCGUAUUGGAAUGGAUGCUCCACUGGCGGUCGACAGGGCCAUAUGAUGGCCCAGAGAUUUCCGACCUACUUUGAUGGUAUUGUGGCGGGUUCACCCGCCAUCAACUGGGAUCGGUUCCAACUGGCCGAGUACUGGCCCGCUUUUCUGGCACAACUUCUUGAUACACAGCCGCCAGCAUGUGUUCUCGAUGCUUUCUCAGACGCUGCAAUCGAAGCUUGCGAUCUUCUGGACGGGGUGAAAGAUGGAAUUAUCUCUCUUCCAGGCCAGUGUCAUUUCGAAGCGUCGUCCCUCGUUGGCCAGACAGUCAAUUGCAGCGAUCCAAACGGGCAAAUCAUCAUCACCGACAAUAUUGCUGAACUCGUCAAGGGCAUGUGGGAAGGCCCCAUAUCUCUCGAAGAUCAGUUCGAGUGGUACGGUCUCAACUAUGAUGCCGACCUAACUUCCCUCCUUGCGACAACCUGCACGUCUGUCCACAACUGUACAGUGAUCCCCUUUAGUAUCAGCGCCGACUGGGCUCGGAUAUUCCUGGCCAGAAACUCCUCAUUCAGCGUUCAAGGACUGACGCGACAAGACUUUGAUGACCUCUUCCGUGAAUCGGUCGACCAAUACGCUUCCAUCAUCGGAACUCAUAACACCGACCUGACCGGCUUUAAACUCGCCGGAGGUAAGAUGAUCACAUGGCACGGCAUGCAGGAUGAGUUGAUCCCGACCAACGGAACGGUGGAUUAUUACACUCGGGUCAUGGGCCGGGAUCCAACUGUUGCAGACUAUUACCGAUUCUUCUUGGCACCAGGGGUAGCUCACUGCGGCGGAGGGCCGGGGUUCGAUCCUAGUGAUACUGUCUUCGAGACUCUGAGGGUAUGGGUUGAGAACGGGACCGUGCCUGAUACCCUUGGAGCAAUUGCAACGGCUGUAGCAGGGUCGAAUAGUAGCGCGACCCGGACGGCAGAUCUUUGUCUUUACCCGAAGGUUUUUACAUAUGUGGGUGGGGAUCCGAACGACGCAUCGUCGUUUAGCUGUAUUUAAUCCGUCCACUUCUUAUGACAUAUCGUCUGGUGUUUCCA